GCUUCCAACCCGCACACAAAUCAAUUAGACCGAACUCGAGCGGCCGAACACAUUCAUUCUUUUGUUUCAAAAAAUUUAGAACGCAUUUAGAAUAUUCGAACACGGAAUGAAAUUUUAAAUAUAGGCGUUUGUUUUUAAAAGUAAACCGAAAGCCCGGGGACUUGCUGUUAUAGUACUUAUACAAUUUGUAGGCUGCCAUUUGUUAUUGUGUUUUAUUAUUGCAAGAUGUUGACAACGAGAGAUAUUUUCAUUUAUAUUUUUGUUAUUUUCGUCUCUACUAAAGAAAGUUUAUCCUGCUUCAGUUACAACCAGACGAUAGAAAAAAUAAUACCAGCAGACAGUACAUUUUAUAUAGACUGUAAAUGCCAGGACAAUACAAAGACGAAGCCUGAUCUGGAAUGGCGCAAGGAGGGCAAGGCAAUCGGACGCAUGGGUACCCAGGAGGGAAUGCACACGGAACUAGAUAGCACUGGAAGACAACUUGAUCUAUACAUAACGGUCAACAAAGCUGCUGAAGGCUCUUACGAGUGCGUGUCCACAAGUAAGGAUGGCCGAUAUGUAUCUGUCACAUAUAUACUUUCUGCCCCAGCAAAAUUAUACUUUUUCAAUACAAAUACAACACAGUACCUAAUAGAAGGUCAGGACUCCUUGUUGACAUGCGAAGUGAGAGGUGACCAGCCCGUUCUCAUUAGUUGGUAUAGAAAUCAAAAUCCGAUAACAAACGAUAAUAAAUAUCAACUGGAAUCAAAUGGUCUACGGAUAAAAAAUGUAAAAAUUGAAGAUGGAGGAGUAUACAACUGUUCGGCUUCAGGUUCUGUAAACGGAGAAACUAUAGACCAAUAUAUAACAACUGAGGUACUAAUCUCACCCUUAAUACAAAAUAUAACAGCGCAUCCAAGUGACACUGUAGAAGAGAACAGCAAAUUGGUUAUAAAGUGCAAUGCAGAUGGAUAUCCCGAACCACAAUAUUCUUUUAUAAAGAUACCCCACAGCAAUAACAUAACGUGGAUUCAGGAUUAUGAUACAAUUAUAAUAAAUAACGUCACGGAGGAAUAUCGAGGAGUUUAUGAAUGUACGGCACAAAAUGAAGCUGGUUUGACCAAGAAACAAAUCGCUAUAGAAGUGCAUACGAAGCCAACCAUAACUCAUUUUAUGAGCGAAAGUGUUGUGGAGAAAGAAAAUGUACAUCUGCAAUGCAAAGCUUCGGGACGACCAAGACCUCGUAUAAUCGUAAAUAAAGUGGACUCUGAUUUGAGACUACCAUCCUCGGAGCAAAGUAUCAACGAUAUGGAAACCGAAUACAAUUUAACUAUUAACAAAGUUUCAAGAAACCACAGUGGAUUAUAUUAUUGUAAUGCGAGCAAUAAAGUUGAUUUCGAAUAUCAAACAAUAGAGUUGAGUGUUCUGUAUCGACCAAGUUUUUUGAAGUCCGAAGAAAUCAUUUACAGUUGGAUUGGAAAAGAAGUCAUUCUUAAUUGCGACUACGACAGUAAACCAGAAUCGGAUGUAUCGUGGAGGUAUCUAGGAGAAAUCUACGGAAAAGAAAGUAGUGAGUUUUUGGCGUACGUGAAUAGCUACAAGGAGCUGGCCUUGAACAUUACUGACAAUGUUCAUUUAGGAACUUAUGAAUGCACGGCUAAUAACUCUUUGGGACAUGCAAAGAAAACAUUUAAAGUCAAAGCAGGAUUUGUACCACCGAAAUUUGACAAAAAAAAGGUUACACUAACAGACAUAACAGCAACGUCAGUCACUUUUGUCAUAGAAGAUCAUUACCAACCAGGACCUAGGUUAACCGGUUAUGUAGCAGAAUAUGAUCUAACAUCCGCGUAUGAAGAAACAAGUGUACAUCCAACAAGAACUUGGGCUAAUGUUGAAAAAUAUACAUUAACCAAUCUGCAGCCCGGCAAUUCGUAUACUAUAAAAUUUGCAGCACAAAAUGAAGUGGGAUACGGGGAGUACAGUGACAGUGUGACCUUUGAUACACCUAAUAAGUCAGUACCAGAGCAAUUGAAGCUGGAAGCAAACGCGAAUUACAUAGAAAUUCCAGCCAACCAAAAAGUGCUGAAGUUGCAACCUGCUAAGGAUAAUGGUUCUCCUGUUACGUUUUAUAGAGUUAUGAUUUGUCUGACUGAGGAACAUGCAAGGCAAUGCCUAGACAAAGAGGUGGAACCAACAACGGAAGUCAAAUUAGAUUAUUUCAAUUUAAAGCCAAAUACCACAUAUUUGGCAAAAUUGGAAGCUCAUAAUGCAUUGGGAAAUUCCGAAGCCACUAUUAUCAAAGUAACCGUACUAGACUCGGAAGAAACAGAUGUACAGAAAGAGUCGUUUUUAACAGCAGGAGUUAUAAUAGGGAUUUCAGUAAUGCUGAUAAUACUAUGCAUACUGCUACUGGAUCUGUUGUUAUUUUUCACUCUGAAGAAAGGUAUCAUCGCUUCAUGUUGUCAGAAGAAAAAUAAGAAUAGAAAGGAAGAUGGGUUGACAACCAGAGACAAAAAAGGUCUGCUAAAGGACAACAACGGAGAGAAUGAUACAUUGAAAAGAGACAAUGGUCACAAAGAAUUCGAAUACAAUAAAGAAACAGGAAUCAUAACCGGAAAACAUUCCUCUGUGUAAAAAUAUAUUGAAUUCCGAUUUCUAGACGGAAUAACUAAUAAAUACAAUCAACGUAAAAUUUCAAUUUUGUCGAAAUCGGCGAUAUAAUUUCGAGGACGGAAAUAAAAUCUUGUUAUUUCAAUUAAUAAUUGGAUCUUUUGUAUACAGUUUCCAAACAUAAUUUUACCAUACAAUUGCGUAACAUUAUUAAGCAUUUGUUAAUAAAGAAAUUAGCAUUCAAUUACCUUGUCUAUUACGUACCAUAAUGUAAAUAUUUGCA